CACAACAAGCUACUUGUGAAGCAGCCACCACCAUGGAAGAAGAGAGCAGACACAGGCUAGAGUACUGCCAGACUCUGAACGUCAGGCCCCAGGAGAGCAGCGAGGCUCCGCGAUGUGGCCCUACUUGCUGCACUUGCCCGAGGAAAUCCUCCUGCUCCUCUUCUCCUACCUGGACGCUCAGGCACUAGGGCGUCUAGCUCAGGUGUGCAGGAAACUCCAGCAUUUCACCAGCAAGGAUGCCGUGUGGCGGAAGAUUGCCAAAAAGUGCCUCAACUCCGGCUUCGUGCAGCAAGGGACAGACGUUGCUUCUUGGAUUCCAGUAAAGGAAAGAGUGCGGGUCUCUCAGAACUGGAAAAAUGGACGUUGCAGACGCAACAUCUUACUCAAAUGGAAACGCAAUUUAAUGCCAUGGAUACACCUAGAUGGAAAUAUAUUGUACUUGUCUCAAGCAGAAAAAAUCACAGCACACAAACUGUGUUCUAACAGCAAUGGAGUACAUAGACAACCCUUUGCUGUGUUUUUAAACCACCGGGAAGAUGUUUGUCGAUUUGUACUCAACAAUUCCCAUAUCAUCAGUGGAGGAGGGGAUGGAAGGAUUGCCAUUCAUAAAGUUCAUAGCGCCUUCAGCAUUCACUUCACUGCCCAUGACCAGGAUGUAAACUGUGUGGACUGCCACAGGGGAAUAAUAGUCAGUGGAUCCAGGGACCGAACUGCAAAGGUGUGGUCCAUUUCACCUAGCAGAGCUGGACACUGCCUCCAUACCAUUCAGACAGAUGACAGAGUAUGGUCAGUUGCUAUAAAUCCUACAUUAAGUUCCUUUAUUACCGGGACAGCGUGUUGUGGCCAUACAUCACCUUUGAGAAUUUGGGAUCUUCAAAGCGGACAGCUUAUGACUUGCCUUGGAACCGAUUUCAGAAGAGGAGCUGGGGUGCUCGAUGUCCGCUAUGAAACACCAUAUACUCUGCUGUCUUGUGGAUAUGACACUUUCAUAAGAUACUGGGACCUUCGAACAAGCACAAGACGGUGCGUGAAAGAAUGGGAGGAGCCACACGACAGUGCCCUGUACUGCAUGCAGAGUGAUGGGAACCACAUGAUCGCCAGCGGCUCGGCAUAUUAUGGUGUCGUGAGACUGUGGGAUAAGCGCAUGAACCAGUGUUUGCAGUCGUUCUCCUUAUCGUCUCCAACAAGCAGCCCAGUGUACUGCCUUCAGUUCAAUACGCGACACCUCUAUGCGGCCCUGGCGUCAGCACUGCACCUCCUCGACUUCACUUCUGGUGAAUCUCUGUUCAGGGCCUUGUAGAACAGGAACACGUAGAACAGGAACACGUAGAACAGGAACACGUAGAACAGGAACACGUAGAACAGGAACACGUAGAGCCUGCCAACUAGGAAGAAUUUUAUACAAUGGGGAACUAUACAACUAGACACCUCUCGCAUUUUUAGAUCUGAAUCUGUCUCCCCCCCCCUAAAAAAAAGGGGAUUUUGAUAAGUUAGGGUGAUACACAAAUACACAAGGAUUUAGCUCCCUUUUAUUCUUUAUAUUAACUUCAUGGAGAUCGACAUUUGAAAAAAAAAAAUGUGUAUUAUGUCAUUUAUACCAGAUUCUUAAUCUUUUUUUUAAUCAAUGACCAUAUUGAUAUCAGUAAGUGGAAGAGAAUGGAAAACCAACAGCAUUGGUAUGAAUGAGGCUUAUUUAUACACACACUGCAGAACAGCCCCACGUUGCCUUAAGGUGGCCAUACACUAUAAGAUCCGCUUGUUUGUCCAGAUGGCCAAACGAGAGGAUCUUUACCCGAUAUGCCCACCAACGGCAGGACGAUAUUGGGUUAUACGACGGUAAUGGGCUCCAACAGGUCUUAGGACCUCAUCAGCUAGCCGGUGCGGACCCCAAUUGCAGGAAAAAUCAAACCUCCCUGAUCGAUAUCAGUCCGAUUUUUGGGCAAAAUCAGAGGGACCCAUCGGACGCCCCACACAUGGCCAAAUAAACUGGCAAAUCGGUCUAAAGGACCAAUAUCGGAAGCUUUAAUCUGCCCAUGUUUGGCCACCAUUAAAUAACCAUGGGUUAAUCCGAACGUUUGGCCCUAGGGCAGAACAAUCGUAUUACAACAAAGAGAAUGGGCGCUGACGGGAUGAGGCAUCAACUUGGCCAGAUAUUGAUCAGGGAGACCUGUUGGAAGCCCCAUACACUGGCAGAUAUGCUGCCGAAUUUGUCUAAAGGACUGAUAUCGACUGCUUUAAUCUGCCCCUGUAUGGCCACAUUUACUCACAAAUAAAUCUCUAAAUUGUACCGUUUGGCAGGGUCAGACACCGGGAAAAAUCCCUAUGAGCCCCAGACCCGCUCCCUGGAUAAUCUUCCUUCCGCUGCAGAAAAAAAAAGCACCCCCAGUAGUGCAGCAGCACCCUUGGGCCCCGGAUCCCCCAGUCCAACCCUGCCGUUUGGUGAAUUUUUUUAAUAGUAACAGUUCAUCUUUAACUGUAUCAUUUGUGUGGAGGGAUAUCCCUGUAUCAGCAGGGACCAAUGAGACCCACUAUGAACAGCAUUGGUCCCAACCUUUAUAUUAAGUCCACUAAAGGUGGUCAUAAAGAUAAAAAAGCUGCCAUCUUGGUCACAAAAGACUGAUUCAGCAACUUAUCCGCCCAAUUGAUAUCUGAUGAACAUUAUAUAUGGCCUUAUAUCAAUGGGGCAGGUCUCUUCAAGAGAGGUGGUCGUCCGUCGAAUUAUACACAAAAAGGGCUGUUUUUAUUUUCACGUGUCUCAUCUCCAUUGAGUCAAAUUAGAAUGUGUAAUGGUGCGAAUGUUUCAUUUGAAAUGACGCCAUUGUUGUUUUUACCAAUAUUUACCUAUUUUCAUGUCAUUAUUUCUAUUCAGCUGAGGCAUUGUGUAUUCAGAAUGAAGGAAAGGGUUACUGUCUCUUCAACUGCAAUGUUGGUGCAUAACCACCAGGUAGAGCCCCAUCUAAACAUUGCAUAGUGUGACUAUUUGCUGCAUCAUUCUUUUGGUGGUGGGGGUCUGAUGCACGUGUUAGAGUCCAUCCAUCCAAUAUGUCCUACCCAGACCUACUACCCAUCCUGCAAAUGGAUAACUUACCUUCCAACCUGCGAAAACAGAAGUGACGUCACUUUGUACCCGAUGUGACGUCACUCCAGUGCCAGAUCAGAUCAGCUGGCUAAGAGGAAAAGGUUUCCCAUAACCCCAGGGGAGGGAUCAGUCCUACACCGUAGCCGGAUACCCAGGUGGGUUAUCUGUGGACUGCCCACACGGCCAGGGGAUCGUGGACUUUAUACUAAAUCUUAUACAAAGGGCUUUCACAUCGAAGAAACAGACAAGGUGGUAUUGCAAAAGAUAUAUCAUAAGAAAUGACAGAAAAAAGGUCAGAAUAAGACAAAAACAGCAAAAUGCACAAUUUUAAACAUACAAGGUGAAUUCCCCUUGAGAAAGGCUUAUAGCCGAAUUGUCAUUCUGUGGCAAAGGCAUCCGCUUCCUUAUUCUGAGUAUCUGCUAAACGUGAGUUCUAUGUUUGCUUCAAAUUGUGCAUUUUGCUGACAGUUUUGUCUUAUUCUGAUCUUCUUUCUAUGAUUUCUUAUGAUCUUGUAAAUAUAUAUCUUUUGCAAUACCUCCUUGUCUGUUUCUUCGGUGUAUAAGGGCCUGGAAUUAACUAAAAAAAAAUAUUUGUUUUGAUACUAUUGGUACAUUAGAGUGCCCUCCACUGAUCAAUAUUUCUGUAAUGGUGGACUUUAUGCCAGAAACCCAACCAUGGGCAACUGUGGGUGCAGAACUGGAUGCAGGACUCUAGCAGGUGUUCUCUCCAUUCAUGACGGACGUCGUGUCUAUAGUUCAUCCCUAUAACAAGCUUUAUACGUUUGAUCCCAUGUAACGUUCAUGUCUAGAAGAGAAACUGCAAAUCCUUUCAGCAAUAGGAGCCGACUCGGGUGCUGAGACUCCCUGCUGAUGGCUCCAGGUCAUGUGACUCUGAAAACAACGGAGAAGAAAUGGCCUUUCUGUUUGUUGCUUUCCCUGAUGGACAACUUGAUCUUCUGUUCAAUAGAAUUUUCUCUUUGUUUUAAUUUCAUAGGUUUAAAUAGUAAUUAUUUUUAUAUGACACCAAAUAAAAUAAAAGUUCAAAUAAAAUGUAGAUAUUUUUCCUUGGCUGGUCUGUUUCCUAUACAUUGUCCUUUUAUCAACCCCAAAAAGAAAGAAUAUAAUAUAGAAAUUCUCUCGAGGUUCUUUAUUUGAUUUGAUUUUUUUGUUGUGAUUUUGUUUCAUCCUACAAACACUUCCAAACUCAAUAAAGGCAAAUUCAUUUCAAAGUA